AUGCAAAAGGAUACUACUACUAGUAGUUCUCCGUCAACUAACACUGGACGGAUUAGGCACCGGAAACGCUCUAAUGAGGUUAUUCCAGAAGUUAGUAAAUCAAACGGUGCUCAGUUACUUGUUAAUGACAAAAGCAAAUACAAGUCCAUGUUAAUUCGUGCAUAUUCAUCCGUUUGGAUGAUUGGGAGCUUUGUGUUGAUCAUCUAUAUGGGUCACCUCUACAUUACUGCAAUGAUUGUGGUCAUUCAAAUCUUCAUGGCAAGAGAACUUUUCAAUCUACUCCGUCGAGCUCAUGAAGAUAAGCAGCUUCCAGGAUUUAGGCUAUUAAAUUGGCAUUUUUUCUUCACCGCAAUGCUAUUUGUUUAUGGACGUAUUCUCAGUCAGCGCCUGGUUAACACAGUAAAUUCCGACAAGGUUUUAUAUCGGCUUGUGAGCAGUCUUAUAAAGUAUCACAUGGUUGUCUGCUAUUCCCUGUACAUUACAGGAUUCAUAUGGUUCAUUCUCACAUUGAAGAAGAAGAUGUACAAGUACCAAUUUGGCCAGUAUGCUUGGACACACAUGAUUCUGAUUGUUGUAUUUGGGCAAUCCUCUUUCACCGUGCCAAGCAUUUUUGAAGGGAUUUUCUGGUUUCUUCUUCCAGCAACGCUUAUUGUCAUAAAUGACAUUGCUGCUUAUUUCUUUGGUUUCUUCUUUGGAAAAACCCCCUUGAUUAAGUUGUCACCAAAGAAAACCUGGGAGGGUUUUAUCGGGGCAUCUGUUACAACCAUCAUAUCUGCAUUCAUGCUUGCUAACAUCAUGGGUCGUUCUCCAUGGUUUACAUGUCCUAGGAAGGAUUUAUCAACUGGUUGGCUUGACUGUGAUCCGGGUCUACUGUUUAAGCCAGAAUCUUACUCCUUGUUAGGAUGGACUCCUCACUGGUUUCCUUGGAAAGAGAUAUCAAUCCUACCAGUUCAAUGGCAUGCUUUAUGUCUUGGCUUGUUUGCUUCAAUUAUCGCACCUUUCGGAGGCUUCUUUGCAAGUGGUUUCAAAAGGGCUUUUAAAAUAAAGGAUUUUGGCGACAGUAUUCCAGGACACGGUGGAAUUACCGACAGAAUGGACUGCCAGAUGGUUAUGGCCGUGUUUGCAUAUAUAUAUCAUCAGUCCUUUGUUGUGCCGCAAAGUUUAUCGGUUGAAAUGAUUUUGGACCAGAUAUUGAUGAACCUAUCAUUCGAUGAACAAGAAGCUCUAUAUAGGAGGCUUGGGGAAAUGUUGCAACAAGGAAUUGAAAUGAUGUCUUAG